AAAAGCGCUCGGAUGCUGUACGAUCGAUUGAACAACCAUUUUAUUGCGUGUGUAGUGUUUAGUGAAUAUUUGUUUACGUGUUGAAUUGUUCCCAACCUGGUAGGGGGUAAAGUUGUUUAAAAAUGGAAGCUGGGGAAUCAUACACAGACGUCGAGAACGAGAAUGCUGAGUCUGAGUCAGUAGAUGAUUUUUCCGUCAGUGAAGAUGAAUGGAUGCCAGAUAAACUGGAAUCCCCACAAGCAGCUAAAAAAGGUCUAGCGGAUAAACCCAGUAAAAAACGGACAAAGAAACCGACAAUCCCUCUCAAACCGGCACGAAUAUCGAGGAGGAUCGCUGCGAAAAAUGGCAUCACACUACCCGAGGAGACGGAGAAUGAAGCUAAAGAACAACUAUCAACAAUCGUUGCUUCUUCGAGCGAGGACGACUCCGACAGCGAGGGCGGGAAGAAACCACCCAAGAAAUCAAAGCGAAAGACUGCCCGUACAAAUGCACCUGCCAAACGAAAACCUGCCAAGCGCAAAAAGGACCAAGUUGAGAUCGACGAGGAACCGAUCAAGUUAACCACCUUUACCGUUGAACAGCUGUACCGUAAAUAUCGGCCAGAUCUAGCGCAUCCUCUACCACAGUCGGAUAAACCCGGUCCUUCCAAACAAUUGAGUUUAAAGAGAAGCGACGAUAAUGGUGAUAACAGGGAUUCGGAAAGUAGUGGGGAUGAUUAUCUCGUAGACCCUAGCGAGUUGGAUCUCGAUUCGGAGUUCUUCCGCCCAACGGAGCAGGAAAGCGAGCAGCGGAAAGCGGUGGAUUUGUUUUUCGACUGUAAUGCCGGCGUCGAGUUGACGGACUCGGAAGAUGACAAUGAAACGGCGGAAGCGAUGGUAGUCGGCACGGCAAGGGACAACCAACAGCUCUCUACCGACGUGGAGAUGGGCAAGAAACUGAUUCAGCAGAUUAAUCAGUCCAGUGAAGCGUUUGUGCAAAUGAUGCGGCUUGCCGAAGCUGCCACAUCAGUCGUCGCAAAACCGUCCGGUUCCUCGAAAGACGCAACAACGAGCAGAGAAAAUGGAAAGCCCUCGUCGAGUAGUUCUCCGGAGGACAUCGAUCGACUUUUAGUGACGGGAGAGAAGAUACCUAAUCGUGGUGGGAAAUCGCUUACCACAGGAUUUGGUCGACAAGACUUUGUGGCAGUGCCGCCAAGCAAGGCGACGGUAGCUUCCGAUGCUCCGAAGGAUGUCGAAAUAACGCUAAAGCUAGGUCCGGAAAUUGGUAGCAAAGGACGCCCCCAGAAACAUACCUUCGAUGUCCUGACGGCAUUGAAAAGGUUCAUGAAUCGCGAAAAACGCAACAGUCAGAUCAACCUGCAUAAAACGUCCCUUCUCUGCUGGAUCGGUCACGGGACGUACGUGAACAACGAGCUCCGGAAACCAUCGUUGAUGCAGUUUGCCCGUAAAAAACUGCUCCCCGGCGCGAUGGGUCAAACGAGCAAAGUGUCCCGGCCGAAUGGGCUCACUAAUUUACGUUACUUUCAGGAGAUAACACGAUACUACCGGCGCACAAUCAUGCUGAAAGAUGAUACGAUGUUCUACCGCCAGCGGCGUCAUCCGUUGUUGGGCAAGUUUCUCAUAUUUGCCAUCGCCAAGAAGGCCGCUUACUGCAAACGGGACUACAUUCUCCUCUUCGUGCUGCUGCUGCGUACCCUCGGCGUCCACUGUCGGUUAGUGAUUUCGCCGGCCGUACCCCCGAAGCAAAUUCCGACCGAACAGUUGUACAAAAUGAACCCCCGUACGCCGCGCGAGAUGGCAAUGGAGCGUCAGCUGUUGCAAGACUUCCGACAGGCACCGCGCGAAAGUAUGGUGUACGCGGCGAAGGAAAAACUGCUUGCCCUUAUCACGAAACAAAAGGCCACCGCUAUGGGCAGGGGCAAGCGGAAGUUGGGCGGAUUUACCGUACCGCAGCUCGACGGAGGAGCCGACGAGAUGGUCCCACCGAGGGAGAAAAAGCUAAAGCUAAUGUCGGCAUCGUUUCUGAAGGCGGAAUCGAAUCGAAAGCAGGACGAAGUUCCAUCGUCCACCGCGAGCAUAGGUGACGUGGACGAUAUCGACGACGAGGUUCGGCGACGUCGGGAACGAAUACUGGCUGCGUAUCGGGCGAGGGCGGAAAAAUUUGGGCGCAAAAAAAAGUCCGAGAAUGCCCGGAGCGGUGUGGAAACGAAAAAGAAGGGAACCUCAAAGUCGCCUGGAGUCGAUUAUUGGGUUGAAGUGUUCUGCGAACACGAAGACAAAUGGAUUACAAUUGAUGUGUUAAAUGGUAGCGUUUAUAAACUCGAGGACAUCGUGAAACAAGCAACUCAACCGAUCGUCUAUGUGCUGGCCUGGAACAACGAGGGCUCGAUAAAGGAUGUGUCCCCUCGGUACAUCUCCCGGUUCGGCAGCAAAAAGAGUAAGCUACGAGUAGAAGACGAGUGGCUCGAGCGGGCAUUGCGUCCUUACCGGGGAAAGCGCACCAAGCGCGACAUCAUUGAGGACAUUAAGUUCGAUCGGCUACUGAACAAACGGCCCUUCCCGGAGCAGAUCAGUGAAUAUAAAAACCACCCGCGGUACGCCAUAGAGCGGUAUCUGCUGCGAAACGAAGCAAUCUACCCUCCCGAUGCGCCCAUCGUUGGCCGCAUCCGGGAGGAACCAAUAUUCCUGCGGGACUGUGUGCAUACGUUACACUCGCGCGAAUCCUGGCUGCGCCAGGCAAAGACCGUCCGAAUGCACGAACAACCGUACAAGGUGGUGAAGGCGAAAGCAAAAUACGAUCGGUUCACCGGAACGGCCAUCACCGGCCAGACGAUGGAACUGUUUGGAUCCUGGCAGGUGCAGGACUACGAGCCACCCGUUGCCCAGGAUGGACGUGUGCCGCGCAGUGCGUACGGGAAUGUGGAUCUGUUUCAACCGUGCAUGCUACCGAAGGGCACUGUCCAUCUGCAGCUGCCGGGGCUGAAUCGGAUCUGCCGGCGGUUACGGAUCGACUGUGCGCAGGCCAUCACGGGGUUCGAGUACCGCAAUGGAAGCUGCCAGGCCGUGUACGAUGGGUACGUGGUUUGCGAGGAGUUCCGUGAUCAGGUGCUGGACGAGUGGUAUCAGGAGCAGGUGGAGCUGGACCGCAAAGACGACGAACGGCGCCGAAAGCGGAUCUAUGGGAAUUGGAAACGGUUGAUAAUGGGAUUGUGCAUAAGGAAGAAGCUAAAAGAUCGAUACAACUUCGAUAACCUGUAAACAUAGUUGGUAACCAUAGAAAUUAAUUCAUCGGAAUAUUGCAAGGAUGGAUUCAACAUUGAAAUGAAACAUUUCAAUGGAGGCGCCUGGUGUAUGAAAUAUUUCCUACGAUAGCCUGACAUGGAAAACCUUUUUGUUGUUUGUACAUAUAAUAAUAGUAAGAGUGCAUCGAAAGCAUGUUUAUUCCGAUCUUUUGUCAUCCGGUAUUAUUCUAGAAAAAAAACCACCGUGUAUUACUCUGCUAUCGAAACAAUCGCACAGCCCGAGUUUGUAAUUUAAUGUUAUCAAUAAAGAAUCGUCACGUUUUGGAUUACCGUAA